AUUCUAAGGGGCGGCACAACCUAAUUGAAUCACAAUUUGUUUGUUUGUCAGCCUUUUGGUUAAAGAUAAGUCUCUCUCUCUCAUAUUGGUUAACAGGUAGAAAGAACAGUUUCCACGCUCAGGAACAAGUUACCACCCAAUGUAGCUGGUGUUAGAAAAGAAAAGAGAACGUUGGUAAGUCGAAAGUGAAAAAUGACCCAAGUAGCUGCCAUUUCUUUGUCUUGCGUGCUCAGGAAUUGUGUCACUCCCUCGGCAAUCUCUCAAGCAAAGCAAAUCCAUGCUCAAAUCCUUGCCCGUGGUUUCCUUCCUAACGUCACUCUACAAACCGAUCUCUUGCUGGCCUACUCCAAAUGCGGCAACAUCGAAGAUGCAUUUUCCGUCUUUAAUGGGAUGAUCGAAAGAAAUAUGCAUUCAUGGAACAUUAUUAUAUAUUCACACGUCCAAAAUUCUCUCUUUAAUGAAGCUCUUGCCGUUUUUAAUGGGUUUCUGAAGGUAGGUCUUUGUCCAGACCACUUCACGCUCCCUUCCAUCUUUAAAGCUUGUACAGGACUUGGAGAUUUUCGUUUGGGUAAGAAUCUCCAUACUUGGGUAUUUAAACUUGGGUUAGGAGACCAUGUUGUUGUGGGGAAUUCAGUACUGGAUUUGUAUGCUAAAUGUGGGAACCUAAUCGAUGCCCAUCGGUUGUUCGUCAAAAUGUCUCGCACGGAUGUCGUUGUCUGGAAUUCAAUGAUUUCAGGAUUUGGAAGAGCCGGAGAUCUGGCAGAAGUGUUUGGUUGUUUUAGGGAAAUGCAGCGUGAAGGUGUGAAGAUUGAUUUGAGAACGGUUGCGAGCAUCCUAAAUGCCUGUGGAAGAGGAGGAGACCUGAAGAGAGGGAAAGAGAUACAUGGGCAAGUAAUUAAGAGUGUAGCUUUUAAUGGAGAUGUUGUCAUUGGGAAUUCUUUGAUUGAUAUGUAUGCAAAAUGUGGGUUCUUGUGCAGUUCAGAAAAAGUUUUUGACAGCAUGCAAGAUUUGAAUUUGUUUACCUGGACUACAUUGAUAUCUUGCUAUGGGUUUCAUGGAAAAGGGAAACAAUCGUUGAAUCUUUUUGAGAAAAUGAAAGCCUGUGGAUUUAAACCUAACUCUGUUACGUUCACUGCAGUUCUGGCUAGUUGUAGUCACUCAGGGCUUGUAGAUCACGGUUGGAGGAUUUUUGAAUCAAUGACAUCAAAUUAUGGCAUGGAACCCAUGGUAGAACAUUAUGCAUGUAUGGUAGACCUCUUAGGACGUUUUGGGUAUCUAAAAGAAGCACUAGAAUUGAUCGCAAAAAUGCCAGAACAAGGUGCACCAAGUGUUUGGGGUGCGCUUCUUGGUGCUUGCAGGAUGCACAAGAAUGUGGACAUAGGAGAGAUUGCUGCUCAUCGGCUUUUUGAAGUGGAGCCUAAAAAUCCUAGUAAUUACAUUGCAUUGUGUAGUAUCUAUGAUUCUGUUGGUCGAAUGGAUGAAGUUCUAAGGAUAAGAUCAAGGAUGAGAGAACUAGGGUUAGUUAAAACACCUGGCUGUAGCUGGAUUACCGUUAAAAGUAAAGUUCAUAGAUUCUACCAAGGGGACAUAUCAGACACACGAGCAAAGAUGAUGUGUGAAACAUUAGACAAGAUGAUUAUGACAGUGAUGUUACCUGAUGGUUAUGGAUAAUUGCUCUGCUACUUUGGAUGAGGAAAGCUUCAGUUGCAUGAUGCAUGAACAGA